CUGUAAAUAAAUGAACAUAACCAAUUUUGUUGAAUUCAUUUGAAAUUACAUUUAUAAUUUACUAAAAAAAUAUCAACAGUCUGUCAACAAUGUCUGUAAUUACUAGUGGUUUUAAAGUGUUACCAUUGGUAUUUUCUACAUACAGCACAAGCAGUCAUGAUGUAUUCAUAAAAGAACACUCCGUUAGAGCUAUUAGCGAAGACAAACCUCCUGGUCAGACUCUCUUUAUGUUAAAUGUACCUCCCACAGCAACAGAAGAAGGUUUAAAGAAUGCAUUUUCCAGUGUGGGUAAUAUAAAACGAAUCAUUUUUGAAAGCAACACAGAAGAAGAAGGCGAUGGUUUUAAAAGAGCGUAUAUAGUUUUUAAUAAAAGGGAGCAAUUAAUUAGAGCUCUUAAAUUGCAGACAUUAAAUCCUAUGUCAACUGAAAAUGAACCAGUGGAGAUUGGACUUGGUUUAUGGAUUGAAAAUUAUAAUAAGACUAUCUGUGACCCAGAUGUUUUAAGGGAAGAAGUGUCUGCAUUUAUGGCUGAUUUUGAUAGUCAAGAUAAGAAAGAUAAAAAGGAAGAAAAUGUGGAUGAUGAAGGUUGGACAGUGGUUACGAAAGGUGGUAGAAAACCAGGAUUGUCCAGAAAAGAAAGUUUAGCGAACAAAUUAAAUGAAAAGGUACAAAAGGGUGCCAAGAAAAAGGAGCUAAAAAAUUUCUAUACUUUCCAAAUAAGGGAAUCAAAGAAAGAGAAGAUUGCUCUCUUAAGGAAGAGUUAUAAAGAGGCCAAGGAAAAAGUUCGAAUCAUGAAACAAGAGAGAAAGUUUAAGCCUUAUUAAAAUUAUAUUACACUGACUAUGUAUUUUAGUUAAAUUUAUAUUUGUAAUAAAAAAGAUGUUUAAUAUAA